AUGGCUUCCUUGUCCGAGUCCCCCGACGAGGGCUCCCCUCCUGGCUCCGUCCGCAUUGCCCGAGAUCCUCAAGAUGGCGCCGUCCCCUUUGAGCGUCCUGCCUACAUGGAUUCUGCCUCAAGUGCCACGCAAGAUUCCACACCAAGCAUCAAAAAUGACCCCAUGCUGCCAAACACCCAAUCCAUCCAUUCCAAAGACCCCGGCCACUGGGCCGAUCGGGACACGGUAGAUCCGGCGUUGAUUAGGUUCACGGUGGAUGAGCCUCAUACCCUCACGCCUCCCACCCCUUCCACGCCUCCCACGCCCGAUGAGCCCAACUUGCCAGGCUUUUAUGAACGGCUUGGCCAGGACCAGUCGCCCGCGCCGUUCCACAGGUGGAUGAGGACCCUGCGCCGGCGUGGUCUCAGUCGGCGGCCCCCGCCCACCAACGACGACGACCCCGUGCCCAGGCCAUUCUCUGCGAGUGGCCUCUCGGAGAAGCUCCGUGGCGUGAGCCAUCACCGCCAUUCGUCUUCCGGGUCUUCUUUUGGCUUUGUCGAGACGGUCAAGACGGCCAGCGCCAGCCUCGCGAGCGGCAGCAUUUUUGCUCGGUCGAGAUGUAAUAGUAUGCGGUCGUCCCGAUCUAAAACGCACACCGAUCUCAGUAGCAGGGCAUCGAUGUCUGGUAACAGAUGUUCGGAGGACACAACCGGGCUGGACAAGCCACAGGUCGUGGACAAGGCAACUGUGGAGCGGUCACUGCAGAGGCGUCGGAUACUGGAGGAGCUCAUCAGCACAGAAGAGAGUUAUAUUGGCGACGUGCGAUUCCUCAUGAACGCAUACGUCACAAUACUCGUCUCGCUUCCAACUAUGCCUUUGGGCUUGCGGUCUUCAAUUAAUCGAAAUCUGACUGACAUCAUUGAACUUCAUGAAGAGAUUCUGGGAGAGCUACACCGGGCCGUCCCCUAUUCAGAGUACACGCAGCUAAGCCUACGUCCUGAUCCAAAGUCUCACGUACAUGGCCACAGCCGCAUUCGGAGCCUCGAUGUUGUACCAGAAGACAACAGAAGCAUGUCGUGGCUAGAGACUGUUCCGGGAAUGGUAGCCGAGCCCAGCGUUGUGGCAGAUGUUGCACAAAUCUUCACAAAGAAGAUGAACCGACUCUUCGUGUAUGAAGAAUACGGCGCAAAGUACGAGAUGAUGAUGAAAGAUAUUUCGUCCGCUCAUCGCACGAUGCCGCAGUGGGAGCUGUAUCAGAAGGGCUUGGAGACACUGGCGUCCUCACUCGGCCCAGCCAGUAAACAUGGCGUCAAGUCGAAAAAGUCUUUGACUAUCGGGGACCUUCUAGUCAAGCCAAUGCAACGACUUUGCAAGUAUCCUCUCCUGUUCUCGGAACUUCUGAAGUACACCCCUGUCGCAGAUUCUCCGUACGCGCAUAUGGAGAUCGAGAAUUCCCUCGUCCGGCUGCGAGAGGCCACUUCACAGGUCAAUCGAGCUACCGACAAUGCACGAGUAAAAGAUGUACUUGAGAAGACAUGGCUUUUGCAGGAUCGUCUCGUUUUUCCAGAUUCCGAACUGGAUGCUGCUUCCAAGACCCGAAUUCGCUCCUUCGGUCACAUAGAACUUUGUGGUACGCUGCACGCUUGUUGGCAGACGAAGGAUGGGAUUCAUGGGCAAUACAUGGUUGCUUUGCUUUACAAGAACUGGUUCUGUCUCGCUUCGGCAAGCCGAGUCGACCAGAUCUACACGCUGCAGGCUUGUGUACCGACAAACACCAUCAAGAUCGAGCCAGUGGACAACGGACGAGGUCUGCAGUGUCAUACUGCUCCUUUCUCGUGGAAGAUUGUCUUCGAAUGCGACUGCCAAUUGUACGAGAUGAUGUUAACUGCCUGUACUCCGAAAGAGGAACAUGAAUGGCGAUCCCACCUUGAGAUUGGCUCCGCGGUAGAGUCACAGGAUUUAGCUGGACCCGAGCUCUAUGGUUCCUUGUUCUUGAAUAUGAAGAGCCUUAGUACCGUUUUUGGAAAACAAGGUACUGUUGCACGCCGGCUAUCCAUCCAUAGAGCGACCACGGUCGGUCCCAAAACGCCACUCUGUCACGUCGUCGUGCGAAAUACGAGCGUUGAAAAAGAAGCUGCUACUUCGUCCAACGCAACCAUCAGCCGGACACAGUCUCUCCUUGCUUCUAAGGGUCGAAUACCGGUGCUGGCGCCGACUCGAGGAGACAGGGCAAGGCUGGAGGCUUUGCUCUCGGAUGUGUGGACUCGAGAUGCCCUGCCCUUUCCAGGGAUGACCACCCGAGCUCGCAACGAACAUAUUAUCCGCACUUCGGCACAAUCCAUGAUCCGCAAACUGAGUGUUACGAGCAUCACCAGUACUUUUACCAAGCGCUCGGCAAGUUUCGCGAGCAUCACUAGAAACAGCGACGACGGUUCUGGCGGAGAGGAGACAGUUGCUCCAGUCAGAAGUGGGAGAAACGAAACGCCAAUUAUUAGGAUCCCAAUUGAUGAGCAAAAUAAUAACGCGCGAUUAUCCGUCAUCGACGACGAGUCAGACAAGACGACUCCCUCAACGUUGCGAGCUUUUGGUGAGCCUCCCAGCACGACCACUGGCACCGGGAGCCCCCGGCGCCGAACGCGCAUCGCUAAGAGCCCAAGCGCGUGGCAGCUCGGUGAGCUUGCGCUGGCUGAGAUUCCAUCAGCUUCUGCUGCUUUACGAGCCAAAUCCACCAACAGCCCCCGAUUGAAACGACAGGGGUCAAUGCUGUCGAGAAGAUCGGUCUGUUCAGCAUUUGACAAGAACGAUAGCUUCGGCAAAGAUACCAAGAAGAGAAGAGCGUACGAGCACUCGGAGCCUCCGUCGUCCUCGCGAGGGUCGACGCCGUCUCCACGGAAACACCUCGCGUCGGCCAGGUGGUCCAAGGUUGACGUGCUGCGGGGCCGGGGCGCCGUAUCUCAGGGGCUCCGAGGCUUCUUCCGUUAGUCUGGGGGGAGUCCAAUGUGCCGGCCGGUCGGAACUUGAUGCCUGUUGGAUUAUUGAGAAUUUUGCAUUUUGCUUUGAUGAUGGUGGUGUCUGGUCACGGGUCUUUUUUGGAACAUCACACCCACCGUACUGCAUAUACCCAUGCUUUUUGUGGUGAGGCUUAGGCUGGUCUGGAAAAGGUAUUACUACUACGGCUUGACAUGUCGCUCUUUUUUGUAUAUACGUAUCUGUGUCAUUGACGCACACCUCUCCCAACAGGCUAUGAUUGGG